UUCGGCCCCGUUUCCCCGAACGCUCACCUGAACGCACACAACGCGCUGCCCACCACCUGAGCAGGCCGACAAACGGAUACCACCCGAAACCGUCCGUCCGUCCGCUCGUCCGUCCGGCCAUUCGCUUGUCCGACCGUUCGUCCGCCGCUUACCUGGGACGCACACCUUCGGACGAAAGUUAUAAAGCGGACCGGCGAGGCGGGCGCGAAGCGCUGCCACUUUGCUCAUCGACCUCGACGUAUCGCGAUCCGAACCGUACGCGGCCCACGAUUUUUCCGGCCGACGACGAGUGAGUGAGCCCCGCGCCAGCUGGACCGAACGGCACACUGCUGCACACGGGAGGAUCCUCGAGAGAUCACACACGCCGCUGGUGUGCGCGUCACCUGACCGGGGUCUCACCUUGAUCGCCGCGAAUCACUGCCAGCGCACCGGUGUCAUGUACCUCUGACGCACGCCGGACGCCCGCGAGCUCAGGACACAGGUGCACGCGACCCGCUCUUCGCUCUUACCUUUACCCUCCGCGAGAACGACGCGUCAGAGAUAAUCGCCAGGCUGAACAUCACGGAGUACGCUGAACCGAUCAGGCAAUGGCGAACAUACUCAAUUCCACGGCGACUUUGAUAAACGAUGCUUACGACUACUACCUCUGGACCCUAUCCCUUGCCGACGAGCGAACGAGAGGAUGGCUCCUGGUCGACUCGCCGAAGCCUACUUUGAUCUACACGAUGCUGUAUCUGCUGAUCGUGUGGGCCGGGCCAAAGAUCAUGAGAAAUCGGAAGGCCUUCAAGCUGACCUGGGCCCUGGUGCCCUAUAAUCUCGCGAUGGCCUGUCUGAACGCGUACAUCGCCAUUCAGUUGUUCGUCGCGUCCACCAGGUUACAUUACAGCUACGUCUGCCAGCCGAUCAGACAUGUGACGCGUCCAGACGAGUUACAGAUCGCUCAUGCAGUUUGGUGGUACUACUUCAGCAAACUCCUCGAGUUCUGUGAUACGUUCUUCUUCAUCCUGCGGAAGAAGGACAAUCAACUGAGCUUCCUUCACGUCUACCACCACUCCACCAUGUUCUCGCUGUGGUGGAUCGGUAUCAAAUGGGUACCAAGUGGAUCUACCUUCCUGCCAGCGAUGGUGAACAGCUUCAUCCACGUCCUCAUGUACUCGUAUUACGGGCUGGCCGCGCUCGGCCCGACCGUCGCCAAAUAUCUCUGGUGGAAGAAGUACUUGACGAUCCUCCAGCUGAUACAGUUCACCACCGCGUUGAUCCUCGGGAUCAACGGGAUCCGAUCAGGUUGCGACUUCCCGCUCUGGAUGCAGUACGCGCUUGUCAUCUACAUGAUCUCGUUCAUCGUGCUGUUCGGGAACUUCUACGCGAAAGCGUACAUCGCGAAGGGCAAGCAAGCGUACGCUGAGAGGCAGCUGGAGAAGAUGAAGGCGAUGUCGAAAACGGAAGUGAUCGAGGGCUCGACGUGCAACGGUACCCUCGGCCACUCGAACGGGUACGCGAACGGUGUGGCGAAAAAGACUCAAUAGACGUCCGUGAACUCUUCCUAAAGUUUAGCGUGUCCGUCGUCGGCCAUGCAAUGGCGGCAGGAAAGAAUAGAAUAAAGAAAGAAAGAAAGAACGAACGAAAGAAAGAAACCGACAGACGAACGAAAAUAAGAAGAAAAAAAAAGAAAGAA